AUGGCUUCUUCGUUCUUCGUCGCUUGUGUGGCUCUAGCCAGCAGCUGCCUUUUCCUCCUCCAUUCGCGCAGCGUCUCAGGUUGGCUCGAAAGCGGCGCAACGUGGUAUGAUCUCCGCCAAGGCGCCGGCACUGGCGGUGGUGCGUGCGGGUACCAGGGCGACAUGGAGAAGCCGCCGUUCUCCUCCAUGAUCACGGCGGCCGGCCCCUCCAUCUUCAAGGACGGCAAGGGCUGCGGUGCUUGCUAUCAGGUUAAAUGCACCGGCAAUGCCGCUUGCUUCGGCCGCCCGGUGACCGUGGUCGUCACAGACGAGCGCCCCGGCGGCGAGGCGUGUCUGGCCGAGGCUGCCCAUUUCAACCUCAGCGGCAAGGCGUUCGAUGCCAUGGCCAAGCCCGGCCAAGCCGACAACCUCCGCGACGCCGGCAACAUUAGGGUCCAGUACGACCGGGUUCCGUGCAAGUGGCGCGGGCUGGACAUCGCCUUCAGAGUGAAGGCUGGCUCCAACCCGAACUACCUCGCGGUGCUCAUCGACAACGAGUCCGGCGACGGCGACCUGUCGGCGGUGGAGCUUCAGCAGCGCGGCGGCAGCUGGGCGCUGAUGCAAGAGUUGUUGGGCGCGGUGUGGAAGUACAACUCCAUGUCCGCCCUGCGGGCGCCCAUAUCGAUCCGCCUCACCUCCAGCUCCGGCAAGAAACUCGUCGCCAGCAACGUCAUCCCCUCCGGCUGGCAGGCCGACAAGACCUACCGGUCCAUCGUAAACUACUGA